AUGCGCGCCUUCACUCUCUUUUCUCUCGUCUUCUUGGCGACCCCGUCGACCGCGCGACCCCUUCGUUACCAUACCACUCAUCUCGCAACUAAGACGAACCCCUCUUCGGCCACCCAAACCCUUCAACCAUCUGCCUCUAUAUACUCUGACGCCGAUGCCGACGCUGCCGUUUCAGCUAGGUUUCCUGGCCAUCUUGCCGACUGGCGCAGACACGACGUCGAGGACUGUGACGAAGAGGCCAACAGCACCUCCGUCUCACUAGGCUCAGGCGGUCACUCCUGGUCUUCGGGCCCUAGCGCCAACGACAUCUUGCAUGAUACCAUCCAGGCAUUGGACGCGCUUCUAGCGUCGGUAGUCCAUGGCUCGGACAAUCUCGUGAAGGACUCGCUCCGCGCCCUCGAGCCUCCAGUUGCCGCCCUCUUGGACUUGGUCAACGGGUCGCUCGGCGUGUCGUCUGACUCAGAUUCGGGUGCGAACAAGGCUCUUGGUGACCUCAGCGCCGCCAUAAGUGCCUGCCUAGGCGAUAACGGCGAUCUCCACAUCUCUGCAUCGCUCAGCGUGGAUAUCAAGGGACUUCUUAAGGGACUCGACAAUCUCCUCGGCGCUCUCGGAUCUGGCACCACUGGCGCUGUGACCACGGCUCUCGCGAGCCUGAUCCCGGCUGUUGAAUCCCUUGUCGACGACUUGCUGUCCGCCUCUGGCUCUCUUGUAGGCAUUGCCGGUGUCGCUGUCAACGGCACGCUUCCCGACCUCAACGCUACGAUUGUGGCUGUCUUCAGCGGUCUCUCCUCCGCUCUCGACCAGAUCUUGGGCGUUGCUAAUUCCGAUUCCAACAGCGCUCUCGAGAACGCCCUUCGCGGCCUUGACUCGGCCGCUGGUGAGCUGGAACCGCUCGUCGCGAACGUUGGCAACUAUACCACUGGUAUCGCAUCUACCUCUGUGAUCGCCGUCAAUGUUGCGCUUCAGAACCUCACCGCCACCCUCGACGCCCUGCUCGCCGCGGAUGUUCAGCUCGACGUGGACGCCCUCAAAUCUUGCACCACUCUCACCGUUGACGUCGACGGUCUCGAGAAGGCUCUCGGAGACCUCUCGAGUGGCUUGCUGGUCGGAACCGGAGAAACGGUCGACUCUGCCCUCAAGAAUCUCGUCCCCACUCUGCAAACCGUGACAGGUGACUUGGGUGUUCUUACCGCCGGCGCCGCCACGGGCUCCGUGGACUUGCUCUCUGGCACGGCCGCCGCUUUGAACGACACUGUCAACGACGUUCUCGGCUCGCUCGACCAACUUCUCGGCGGAAUCGCGUCCGGAACCGGGAACACGGUGAACGCUGCGCUUGGAGACCUCAGCAAGUCCCUUGCCAAACUCUCGCCCUCUAUCGAUGCACUCCUUGAUUCUACGGACGGCCUCGCAUCGGGUACCGUCGACGCCGUGGACGCCGCGCUCAAGCACCUCAUCCCCGCCGUUGAGCAGCUCCUCAACGUCAACCUCGGGCUUUCGGCUGGCUCGUCCUCGCACCUCUCGGCCGACCUCGACGAUCUCGUUUGCGCGCUCGAACAGGUGCUCGACGGCCUCGUCGACGGUACCGGAAGCGCACUCAACAUCGCGCUUGGAGACCUUCCUUCCGCGCUGGACGCCGUCGUGGCCGACCUGACCGCCCUCCUCGGGCUCUCCGCGUCUCCGUCCGCGAGUGCCACUGCGAGCGGCGCAUCCGGAUCGGUGGAGCCUUGCGAUUGCGAGGACGGGACCAACUUGAAUGUUGGCCUUGGCCUCUGA